AUGGCCAGACUUUACAGUGGUAAUCUUGGAAUGAUUGCCCUAAGAAAUGCUUAUCAUGGUGGAAACUCCAAUACAAUUGGACUGACUGCCCUAAACACGUGGAAGUACCCCAUACCACAGGGUGAAAUCCAUCAUGUUGUAAAUCCAGAUCCAUACCAUAGAAUUUUUGGCUCAAAUGCAGCCCUUUAUGCCAAAGACGUACAAGAUCACAUUGAUUUUGGAAGUUCAGGAAAGGUUGCUGGUUUUAUAGCUGAAACCGUUCAGGGAGUUGGUGGAGCAGUGGAAUUGGCCCCUGGAUACUUAAAACAUGUUUAUGACAUUGUGCGCAAAGCUGGUGGUGUCUGCAUUGCUGAUGAAGGAAUUGGCAAUGGUUUGCCAUUUGAAGCUGUAGUGACAACACCAGAGAUAGCUAGUGUAAUGGCUCAGAAGAUUCAGUUCAACACUUUUGGUGGAAACCCAGUAUGUUCUGCUGGGGGGCUUGCGGUGCUUAGGCUUAUUGAUAAAGAGAAGCGUCAAGCACAUUGUGCCUUCGUUGGUUCUCACCUGAUUGGACGCUUGAGAGCUCUACAAGAGAGACAUGAUAGUAAUUACUCUUGA